GUUCGUUCCGGUUGAGAGAAGCAUCCUUGAUUGUUUGUUCCGGUUAGGGAAAGCACCUUUGGUUGUUCGUUCCAAUUGGGAGAAACACCUCGUGAUUGUUCGCUCUGGUUCACCGAGCAUAAUUAUUAUACCAGUCGUAGGUACUCCAUCGAAUUUGGGAAUACUCCGCACAAAAACCGGAAUCGAUGAAUGGUGUUCCAGGUAGAUCGGUCAAGGAUAUGUGUUGUCCUCCAGAACGUUAUAUCUUAUCCGUUUUUGAUCUUACAAAAUGGUGCCACUCAAAGGCGUAUAUGGAAUAUAUGGCAAUGUUAAAUGAACUGAAUGAUGCAGUGAAAGGUGUUCAAUCAACGGAAGAUAUCCCUAUAAGUCCAAAAGUCAUGGAUGCAAUUGAUAUUUUGGACGAACUCCAGAAAUGGACACUGGAAUAUCCUCCAGAAGAUAUGGGAACACAACGUUUUGGGAAUGUUGCGUUUCGUAAGUGGCAUCAGCGUCUGACAGAGGAGGCUGAUGAUAUAAUUUAUGGUCUUUUAACUGCAGAAAAAAAGGGAUUCGUCGUGGAAUUACUUCCAUACUUUUUGGAUUCAUUCGGCAAUGCAACGCGAAUUGAUUAUGGAUCAGGACAUGAAGCUUCCUUUCUAAUAUUUAUGCUUUGCCUUCGCAAACUGGGCGUGUUUGAGCAAUCAGACAAUCGCUCACUUGUCCUUCGAUUAUUUCUAAAAUAUAUACGGCUAGUACGAUGCCUUCAAUCUACUUAUAGAAUGGAACCAGCUGGAAGUCGGGGUGUACAUGCACUAGAUGACUUUCAGUUCAUACCUUUUGUGUGGGGCAGUUCCCAGCUUAUCGGAAAUAAACGAUUGGUUCCAGAGUCUUACUUGAAGCCUGACAUUGUUGAAAUGCAUGCAUCAAGAAAUUUAUUUUUUGAUGCUAUCCAGCAUAUCAAUAAAACAAAAAGUGGUCCUUUUCAUGAGCAUUCAAAUCAGCUGUGGAAUAUUAGUGCUGUACAAACUUGGGAAAAGAUCAAUUCUGGCAUGUUCAAAAUGUACGAAGCUGAGGUCCUGAAGAAGUUUCCAGUAGUGCAGCAUUUUCAUUUUGGAUCACUGUUUUCAAUAGAACCAGUGAAUGAAACGGACGAUCCAAACUUGAUUGGCGCGUGCAAUGAUACCACAGCAUCUCCAGCUUCUGAAUAAUGGCCCGUAAUCCUUGGAUUGAUCGAUCAUUCAUCAUAUGGUAGAGCUGGCGUAAAGUUAACGCGGCAUAAUCAAUCGUAUCUAAGAAGAGCCCGCGGUGCCAUCUGUCAAAGCGUUCCGUUUAAUCUAUCUAUUGGUUAGACGUUUCGCUCCCUAAUGUAUAUUUCAGAAAUAGUUCUAAUUUUUUUUAAGAUAUUGGGUGUAAAAAAAUAAAAUAAUAAGUAAGAUGUUCUAAAUAC